AAGCAAAGUGAUCUCAACCGUUCAGUUACACUACAGUUUACUAGUUUAAGUUUAACUAUCACGAAUUUACAAUCAUCACCGCCGUUGAUUUGUCCGGCAAAAUGUGUAGAAGCUCUGUGUCACCUCCGGUGAAUAACUCCGGUCAGGUUUCCGGCGAACCUGUUGAAAGUAUUGUCUAUAUUGUAACUUCCGGUGGACGUAGGAUUCCUGCACACGCUAAAAUUCUGGCAUCAUCGUCGCCUGUGUUGGAAAGCAUAACUGAUCAGAAGCGCCGGCGCUCCGAGAAGAUCAUUCCGAUCAACGGCGUUCCAUGUGACGCUGUAGAAGUCUUCGUUAGCUUCCUUUAUUUCAAUAGAUGCAACGAAGAACAGAUGGAGAAAUUCGGUAUCCAUCUGCUAGCACUGGCUCAUGUUUACUUGGUGCCACAGCUAAAGGCGCAGUGUACGAAGGCGUUGAUCGGACGCCUGACGGUGGAGAACGUGGUGGAUAUUCUCCAACUGGCGCGGCUCUGCGAUGCACCUGAUCUUUACCUGAAGUGCAUGAAAGUGAUAUCUAACAGAUUCAAGUCUGUUGAAGAAACAGAAGCAUGGAAGUUCCUUCAAAACAAUGAUCCGUUUCUUGAACUUGAAAUCCUCAAGUUCAUUGAUGAAGUUGAAUCGAGGAGGAAAAGUACUAGAAAGCAUAUGCAAGAACAGAGUUUGUAUUUCCAGUUGAGUGAAGCUAUGGAUUGUUUACAGCACAUUUGCACAGAAGGUUGCACAAGUGUAGGACCGUAUGACAGAAAACCGAGCAAGAACAGAGCACCUUGCAGCAAAUUCUCGACAUGCGAAGGCCUCCAACACUCGAUUUAUCACUUCUCGAACUGUAAGAAGAGAGUCAAUGGUGGUUGUGUUCGGUGUAAACGUAUGUGGCAGCUCUUCAAACUCCAUUCUUCCAUUUGUGAAUCACCUGAUUCUACUUGCAAAGUUCCCCUCUGCAGGCAAUUCAAAACAAGAGGGACACAAGUGAAAAACAAUAAGCAAGAAGAAAGAUGGGAAUUGCUAGUUAAAAAAGUGGUGGCAGCUAAAGCCAAAGAGAAAAUUAGAACAACAAGAACUCCAACCAAGAUCAUUUAGAGAAGCCAUCAAUUGUCAUGUAAGUGUAGCAUGCUAAAAGAGGGUUCUGAUCUGUUGAGUGUUGUUUUUUUGUUUGUUUUUGUAUGAUUAGUUUAGUUUUAGAGAGAGGGUAAAAAUGUGUUUUUGAUGGGGUAGUUUUGCAUUUUGCUCUUGUUUUCUUUGUUUGUUGGGUUGGUGAUAAUGAUGUCGAGUAUGAUAGUGGUGGGGUGACUUGUAAGUUGUAUUUAUUAAUGAGAAAAAGGUUGAGCUUUUCUUGGGCU